GGCUCCGGAGCUGAGCGACAACACCCGCUAUGACUUCUUCUCCCGCGUGGUGCCGCCGGACUCCUACCAGGCCCAGGCCAUGAUGGACAUCGUCACUGCGAUGGAGUGGAACUACGUGUCCACUCUCGCCUCAGAGGGCAACUACGGCGAGAGCGGCGUGGAGGCAUUUAUACAGAUCUCCAGGGAAACAGGUGGUGUGUGUAUCGCCCAGUCCUUGAAGAUCCCCAGGGAGCCCCGAACGGGAGAGUUUGACAAGAUCAUCAGACGCCUGCUGGAGACCUCCAACGCCAGGGCCAUCAUCAUGUUCGCUAAUGAGGACGACAUACGACGAGUUCUGGAUGCAGCUAAAAGGAACAACCAGACGGGCCACUUCCUGUGGGUGGGCUCAGACAGCUGGGGGUCCAAAAUCUCUCCUGUGAUUGGCCAGGAGAGAGUGUCCGAGGGCGCCAUCACGAUACUUCCCAAACGAGCUUCUGUGGACGCGUUUGACCGGUAUUUCCGUAGCCGCUCGCUGUCCAACAACAGAAGAAAUGUGUGGUUUGCUGAAUUCUGGGAGGAAAACUUCAACUGUAAGCUGGGGAUGCACGGCAAACGACCCGGCAGCCUGAAGAAAUGCACAGGUUUAGAAAAAGUGGGUCGGGAUUCCAGCUACGAGCAAGAGGGGAAGGUUCAGUUUGUGAUGGACGCCGUGUACGCCAUGGCCCACGCUUUGCACCGCAUGCACCGGGAACUCUGCUACGGCUACCCAGGCCUCUGCCCGCGCAUGGCCAACAACAUCGACGGCAAAGAGCUGCUCAGCCACAUCCGUGCUGUGAACUUCAAUGGAAGUGCUGGUACCCCAGUGGUUUUCAAUGAGAAUGGAGACGCUCCAGGAAGAUACGACAUCUUCCAGUACCAGAUCACCAACAGAUCUACUGCGGAGUACAGAGUCAUCGGCUCCUGGACCAAUAAACUAGACCUCAAAGUGGAGGCCAUGCGUUGGAAGAGAGGCGAUCCAUCUCUCCCAGCAUCUGUAUGCAGCAUACCGUGCCGCGCGGGCGAAAGGAAAAAGGUGGUGAAAGGUGUGCCGUGUUGUUGGCACUGUGAGCGCUGUGAGGGAUACCACUAUCAGGCGUCAGAGUUCACCUGUGAGCUGUGUCCAUACGUGAUGCGGCCCGACGUCAACCGCACCGGCUGCGUCGCCAUCCCCAUCAUCAAGCUGGAGUGGCACUCCCCCUGGGCCGUAUUCCCCGUCUUUAUCUCCAUGCUGGGCAUCAUCGCCACCUCCUUCGUCAUCGUCACUUUCGUCCGGUACAACGACACGCCCAUCGUGCGGGCGUCGGGCCGGGAGAUGAGCUACGUGCUGCUGACCGGAAUCUUCCUGUGUUACGCCAUCACGUUCCUGAUGAUCGCCACGCCUGACGUGGGCGUGUGCUCGUUCAGGAGGAUUUUCCUGGGCUUGGGGAUGUGUUUCAGCUAUGCCGCCCUGCUCACCAAGACCAACAGGAUACACCGCAUCUUCGAACAGGGGAAGAAAUCCGUGACAGCACCCAGGUUCAUCUCCCCCGCCUCCCAGCUCGUCAUCACCUUCUCCCUGAUCUCGGUCCAGCUCAUGGGAGUCUUCGUCUGGUUCGCCGUGGACCCCCCGCACACCGUCGUGGACUACGAUGAGCAGCGGACCCAGGACCCGACGUCAGCGCGCGGCGUCCUCAAGUGCGACAUCUCAGACCUGUCGCUCAUCUGCUCCCUGGGCUACUCCAUCCUGCUGAUGGUGACGUGCACAGUGUACGCCAUCAAGACGCGAGGCGUGCCCGAAACCUUCAACGAGGCCAAGCCCAUCGGAUUUACCAUGUACACCACUUGUAUCAUCUGGCUGGCGUUCAUACCCAUCUUCUUUGGCACGUCGCAGUCCGCAGAGAGGAUGUACAUCCAAACCACCACACUGACGAUCUCUCUCAGCCUGUCUGCCUCCGUGUCUCUGGGAAUGCUCUACAUGCCCAAGGUCUACGUCAUCCUCUUCCACCCCGAGCAGAAUGUACCCAAACGGAAACGCAGCUUCAAGGCGAUUGUGACCGCUGCCACCAUGUCGGGAAAACUGGGCCAGAAGGGAGGAGACCGGCCUAACGGAGAGGUGAAGACCGAACUGUGUGAGAGCAUGGAGACCAACAGUGACUUCAUCAACUAAGACGACAUACGUCAGUUACAGCAAUCAUGCCAUCUGAAGGGACCACGGACGCCGGAGAAGGGGAUUGGACAGGAGAAAAGGGGGGCGUGACUUGGGGCAGGGCCGAGUGAAAGAAGACGCCGCCGUUCAAAAGCCUGUUGGCUGGAAAAUUGGCGGAAAGGCAGAGCGCCCAAUGGAAUUCAAGCAUGAGACAUUUUGUAUUGUUCUGCAUCAAACCACAGAGGGUUGGGACCACAUAAACAGCCAGUCAGUGUGCCUGCUUUCCCGCUGCUCACAGCUCAUUGGUCCUACCAUGAACUUACCUGUUUAAAAAAAGAAAAAAAAAGAGGAUAUGAAAAAGGUGAAAAACCACAGGACGCUGUGGAGGACAGAGUAACUAUUAAAACCUACAAAAGAUAUUAAAAAAAAUACACAUAAAAUUGAAAAUAUAAAGAAAAAACUCAGAAACCAUGUACACAUUAUAUCUAAAAGGACAAAGGUUGGGCCGGGAAAGAGAUUUAACAGAUUACAUUUUAAAAAGAUAUUUAAAAAGAGAAAUGUAAGAGAAAAAUCUAUGAGACUCAAACAUGUUUGUUGUUAUUCUCUACUUGUAAGUAUUUUUGUGGUCGUGACGAUUUUUUCAUUCUUGUCUCACCGUUGUCUGAUGGAUCGCCCUUGCAUAAUGAGAUGAGUGUGUUUCCUCCUGCUGUCUUGGCUAACCAGGUCGUAGCCUUGGGUCGUGAACCUGUAAAAUGCCAUGGUUGAAGCAUGCCAGUUUUUAUACAAAAAUGAAGAUUUAU